CCCACGAUGACGCGCAGUAAGUGGUACGAGUGCUCCCUCUGCGGGUCUCUUUUUCCAGCGUUCCUCAUGAUCGUUAUUUGUACAACAUGCAAUUAUUUUCUCCUUUUGCUCGAUAUUGAAUAUUGACAGUAACCGGAAAUGUCAACGAACACUGGCAAAUAAGAACAAAGUACGGGUGUAACAGACGGACACCCGGAAAAGGAAGAGUCCCGGUUCUGUUGACACACUUUGCCAGUCACUGAAACCCGAUGGUCGUACCGCAGUUGACCUCCAGACGCCUCAUCAACUUUUAUACUCUCCUGAGGAAACGCUCGGACAGCCAAAAUAUGACCAGACCCAGUUCGGACCUGGCGGCAUUUAGGGAGAUCUUCUCCAAGGCCUCCAAUAUCGCCAUCCUCACCGGAGCGGGUGUGAGUGCGGAGAGUGGAGUCCCUACCUUUAGAGGGGCGGGGGGCUACUGGAGAAAAUGGCAAGCUCAGGAUCUCGCCACGCCGGAGGCGUUCUCCCGAAACCCGUCCCGCGUCUGGGAGUUUUACCACUACCGUCGUGAGGUCAUGCUUACGAAAACUCCGAACGCCGCUCACCUGGCCAUCGCCGAGUGUGAGGAGCGUCUGGGCAGGCAGGGCCGCGGAGUCGCCGUCAUCACUCAGAACAUUGAUGAACUUCACCGCCGCGCCGGAUCCAAAAAUAUCCUCGAAAUUCACGGGAGCCUGUUUAAAACACGCUGUACGAGUUGUGGUCAUGAAGCCGCCAAUCACAACAGCCCCAUUUGUGCUGCUCUGGAGGGCAAAGGAGCUCCAGACCUGGAAUCAAAAGAUGCUCAGAUCCCUGUCCAGGACCUCCCCAGGUGCGAACAAGCCGGGUGUUCGGGUCUUCUGAGACCAGCUGUGGUUUGGUUUGGAGAGGCUCUGGAUUCGGAGAUAAUCAUUCGAGCGGAGAAAGUGCUGGAUAACUGUGACCUCUGCUUAGUGGUUGGCACGUCGUCUGUGGUGUAUCCAGCAGCCAUGUUUGCUCCUCAAGUGGCCGCAAGAGGCGUCCCCGUGGCCGAGUUCAACAUGGAAGAUACACCGGCCACAAUGCGCUUCAAGUUUCACUUUCACGGCCCUUGUGGGACCACCUUGCCUGUUGCCUUAAGUCCCCAUGCAUCUGAAAAACAAUGAAAAGGACGCACGCCGAAGCAACUGCUCAAAUUCUGGAUGCUUAUUCAAAAGAACACAACAAUCAGAACUGAUCAUUUGCUGGGGGGUUGGGGGGGGGGUUACCUUUUGUAAUCUUAGAUUUCCUCAUUUAAUCACACAAGGAAUGCGAGCGACACAUAAAGAACAUUUUGGGGCUUCAUGUUUGUACAAAAUUUAUGCAGAGCUCUCAUCAUAUCACAGUGAGUCUCUUGCAUUUUGAAUGUGUGGCAGUAGGGGGCAGUGUUAACACGCUGCUUUUUGUUUCCAUCCAGAAUAAAUGAUGGACAGGUUGUAUUUGUGCAUGCGCUCAUUAUAAUACUGACAGUAUUACAGUUUCAGAAGUACAGUGUAUAAAAAUGUCAAUUCACAUACCUGUAUUAUUAAUAAUAAUAAUAAAAAUAGACACCCACCUUU